AUAUUCAAGUAGAUCUCAUGCCAGCUUUACUGCAGUUGUUAGAAAUCAAAAUCAUAUUUUAAUUAUUUUCUUUCUUUCUGUGAAUGUUAAGAGAAAUACAUAAUUGAGGUGCAAUUACAACCCAUUUCUGAAGAGCUUUUCUAAAAUCUUUUUAGCUCCCAAAAUUAUGGCUUCAAAACUUGUUAUAAUUGUGGUUUUGCUCCUUAAUAUCAUUGCUUUUGGCCUUGCUGUCAAUGCUGAACGAAGACGAAAUACUGCCAAAAUAAUUUCAGACCGAAACACAAACUACAAGUACUGUCGAUAUGAUUCAGACAUUGCGACAGGAUAUGGACUUGGUGCAUUUUUUUGUCUUAUGGGGAGCCAAAUACUUGUUAUGACUGCCAGCCGAUGCUUAUGCUGUGGGAAGGGUCUGAACCCUGGAGGAUCUAGGGCUUGUGCCAUUACUCUUUUCAUUUUCUGCUGGCUGUGUUUUAUCAUUGCUGAAGUGUGCUUAUUAGCGGGUUCAGCAAGGAACGCGUACCACACAAAAUACAAGGUCAUCAUCGGAAACAAUAAGCUAUCUUGUGAAACGUUAAGGAAAGGAGUCUUUGCAACAGGAGCUGCUUUUACUUUCUUCACAACCAUUUUCUCUGAAUUCUACUAUGUUUCUUACUCAAAGGCAAGACAAUGAGCCAUGAUUCAGUAUAAAGAUAUUCAUAUAAAGAGUACAUCAUGGCCUUUUGGGGUUAGCAAUAGCUUUGAUGUGAUGUUAUACCUAGUCUUGCCUUGUAUCAUGGCUUUAGGAGUAAGCUGUGCAGAGAUAUCUUGUAUAGAAUAUAUUCUACAUUUGUAUUCAAACUUUAUAUCAGUUGGUUAUGCAAGUUUAUUUCAUUUGUUUGUUGACUGUUAAAUGGAGAAGACUAUGUUGGGCAAAUACUUCCUCUGUUGUUCUGGAAUAGCA